AUGGGAGAACAAGAUCACACUCCUACUCCACCUAAACAAAGAAGGAUUACUCUACAGUCACAAUCCUCCCUAACACCGUCCACUCUUUUGAGUAGAUUAGAUUUGUCUACUGAUAAGGAAGGGAAAUUAUUUCCCAAGCAGUUAUUCGAAUUCCAUUCUUCUGAGUCAGAAGACAACUUAGCUUCCGAGCUAUUAUGUGGCUCCAAUAAAUAUCAAGAUGCGCGCAAAGCAUUGCACAGUUCUAUAACGGAGGAUUUGCCUGGCAGGGAGGAAGAGUUAGCCAAGCUGCACGAGUUUCUUCAUAAUCAUCUGGAGAAGGAGACAUCGGCGUCUCUGUAUGUCUCAGGUCCACCGGGCACUGGGAAAACCGCCAGUCUAUUCAAGAUCAUGCAACAGCCGCAGCUGAGGUCCAAGCUCAGAGUUGUUUACAUCAACUGCACCACCAUAAAGUCGGCUGCCGCUAUCUACGCGAAGAUAAUCCAAGAGCUGUCCAUAACCAGCUCGACGAAGUCGGGGAGGAACAACAAGGCCAUUAUAGAGAAUUACCUAACGUCAAGACACAAAAUGCUGAUGCUGGUGUUGGACGAAAUAGACCAGUUGGAGAGCAGGAAGCAAUCCGUGCUGUACUCGAUAUUCGAGUGGCCGUCCAUAGCGAGCGCCAAGCUGAUCCUUGUCGGGAUCGCCAACUCGUUGGAUCUGACGGACAGGAUACUGCCCAGGUUGCAGGCGAGGUGCGAAUUCAAACCGACGCUGAUGCACUUCGCGUCCUAUACCAAGCAACAGAUAUCCAAUAUAAUAUUGGCGAGGCUGAAUCAGGCAAACGCGACCAAUGUGUUCACUCCAUCUGCCAUACAAUUGCUGGCGGGCAAGGUAGCUGCGAUCUCCGGAGACAUCAGAAGAGCUCUGGAUAUCAGCAGGAGAGUGGUGGAACUGGCUGAGUCGCAUCAAACGGCUCAAGUGCUUCGGCCAACAAACGAUAAUGAUACAAACACUGAAUCCCUACAGAAGGAGCCAGAGAUAGCGCAGAAGCCAGUCGAUUUGAAGGAAGUAGUUACAGUUCUAUCUGGAGUCUGAGGUACACAGAAUCUUGAUAAGGAACAGGAUACAUUUCCCCUUCAGCAAAAAUUACUACUUUGCUCUCUGUUACUUAUUCUGAACAAAGGGAGGAACAAAGACGUCACUGUUGGAAGAUUAUAUGAAGUGUACAAAAAGGUUUGCAAGAAACGCAACAUACACGCUGUCGACAUCUCCGAAUUCGUGAGCCUGUGCUCGCUGAUAGAAACGAGGGGCAUUCUGAGAGUCGUAGGCAAGAAAGAGGCUCGUUUAUCCAAAGUAAACCUACAGUGGGAUCUAGAGGUGGACGCGGUCUUGCAGGACAAAGAAAUGAUAGCUGAGAUUAUCAGUGAUACAAGUUGUUUGUAGAAUAACUAGAGGAAUUUAAUUUUAUUGAUCAUUUUGUUAUAUUUAAUUUAUUUUAUAGCUCUUAUUAUACUUUGUAUUUAAUAUAGAGCAAGCAUCUUGAUUGUUACCAAUCGAUUAUUACAACGGUACUACUCUAGCAUGGUUUUUCUAUAAUAUUUUUUUAAUAAUCAGGGAUUUUAAUGCUAACACGAGUGUUACUUCGGAUCCUACUUACAUUGUAUUACACAAGGCUGAUAUGACUGAUUUAUAUAUUAUAUGUGCCAUGUGGGCGUAAUUGAAUGGUACCGAAAUUGUAGUUUAUACAAAAUAUAUUUAACGUUCGUGUGAAACAUGAGAUGUAUCUUGUAAUGAUCAAAAAUAAAAUAUUUUAAUUAUAAAAAUUUUUAUGUGACGUGUGUGUGAAUAAAUUUGUCUAAUUUAUUAUUUAAUGAUAUUGUCGCGAAAAUUAGAAUAUGUGAUCUCGAAUUCAUUCAAAAUUGGUUAGACUCCCGACCGGCGCGCUACGAAUAGGAUAUACUUUUUUU